ACACGAGCAGUCAAGCGCUUGCCGCUUUGGAGCUCAAGGCACAUCUCCUCAAUUCCCAAGCGUAGCAGUAAGUGACAUGGAGGCCCAAAACCACGAGGUGGCUGCCCUGGUGCAAAAGAUCGCCGGCCUCCACGCCGCCAUCGCCAAGUUGCCGUCGCUGAGCCCGUCCCCCAACGUCGACGCGCUGUUCACCGACCUCGUCACUGCCUGCGUCCCGCCGAGCCCCGUCGACGUGACUAAGCUCGGCCCUGAGGCGCAGAAGAUGCGGGAGGAGAUCAUCCGCCUCUGUUCCGACGCCGAGGGGCAGCUCGAGGCGCACUACUCCGACAUGCUCGCCGCCUUCGACAACCCGCUUGACCACCUCGGCCGCUUCCCUUACUUCAGCAACUACAUCAACCUGGGCAAGCUGGAGUACGAUCUCCUGGUCCGGUACGUCCCGGGCCUCGCGCCAUCCCGAGUUGCCUUCGUGGGGUCAGGCCCCUUGCCGUUCAGCUCGCUCGUGCUCGCCGCGCGCCACUUGCCGAACACGUCGUUCGACAACUACGACAUGUGCGGUCCCGCCAAUGACCGUGCGCGGAAGCUGGUCCGCGCGGACAAGGACUUGCGUGAGCGCAUGUCCUUCCACACGGCCGACGUCGCCAACCUGAGGGACGAGCUCGGCAAGUACGACGUGGUUUUCCUUGCCGCACUCGUUGGCAUGGCGGCCGAGGACAAGGCCAAAGUGGUCGCGCACCUUGGCAGGCACAUGGCGGACGGAGCGGCCCUUGUUGUCCGGAGCGCGCACGGUGCUCGUGGGUUCCUGUACCCUAUCGUUGAUCCUGAGGACAUCCGCCGUGGAGGGUUCGACGUGCUGGCCGUGUACCACCCGGACGACGAGGUGAUCAACUCCGUCAUCAUCGCGCGUAAGCUGGACGCCCGCGCCCAAAACCACGAGGUGGCUGCCCUGGUGCAAAAGAUCGCCGGCCUCCACGCCGCCAUCGCCAAGUUGCCGUCGCUGAACCCGUCCCCCAACGUCGACGCGCUGUUCACCGACCUCGUCACUGCCUGCGUCCCGCCGAGCCCCGUCGACGUGACUAAGCUCGGCCCUGAGGCGCAGAAGAUGCGGGAGGAGCUCAUCCGCCUCUGCUCCGACGCCGAGGGGCAUCUCGAGGCGCACUACUCCGACAUGCUCGCCGCCUUCGACAACCCGCUUGACCACCUCGGCCGCUUCCCUUACUUCAGCAACUACAUCAACCUGAGCAAGCUCGAGUACGAUCUCCUGGUCCGAUACGUCCCGGGCCUCGCGCCAUCCCGAGUCGCCUUCGUGGGGUCAGGCCCCUUGCCGUUCAGCUCGCUCGUGCUCGCCGCGCGCCACUUGCCGAACACGUCGUUCGACAACUACGACAUGUGCGGCCCCGCCAACGACCGUGCGCGGAAGCUGGUCCUCGCGGACAAGGACUUGCGUGAGCGCAUGUCCUUCCACACUGCCGACGUCGCCAACCUGAGGGACGAGCUCGGCAAGUACGACGUGGUUUUCCUUGCCGCACUCGUUGGCAUGGCGUCCGAGGACAAGGCCAAAGUGGUCGCGCACCUUGGCAGGCACAUGGCGGACGGAGCGGCCCUUGUUGUCCGGAGCGCGCACGGUGCUCGUGGGUUCCUGUACCCUAUCGUUGAUCCUGAGGACAUCCGCCGUGGAGGGUUCGACGUGCUGGCCGUGUACCACCCGGACGACGAGGUGAUCAACUCCGUCAUCAUCGCGCGUAAGCUGGACGCCCGCGCGAACAGACUUCAGAUGAAUGGGCGUGAUCACACUAGCGGCCCGGUGCCGAUAGUGAGCCCGCCGUGCAAGUGCUGCAAGAUGGAGGCGCACGCGCUGCAGAAGAGGGAGGAGAUGACGACGAAGGAACUGUCCGUUUGACGCGACGAAACGAGGAGCCAUGCGGGGUGAUUAUAAGACGAUCACUGUUUGAUAACGUAAUCUCAUGGUAUUGUUCCUACGUGCUUCUUUGUUUGACGUCAUGCGUUUUGUACGUAAGUGUGUAACGUGCUUUCUUAUAUGUGUGUUGUGUGCCAACACUUGUGUCCGAUGCGAAAGACAUCGAUGAGGACACUAUGCCAAGGAAUAAAACGUGUUUGUAAGUGUGCUAUUUAAAUAAGGGGACCCCUAGUUGGCUGUUGA